CUCAUGCCCGUUAUAGAGGUUAAUGUUGCAGUAAGCGAGGUCAGCAAGUCAAGCACAUCAAUCACCCUCGAUAUCAAAACCCCUUCAUCUUGCCAGCAGUUUGGGAUUGGUUUCACUUCUAACACCACAUGUACAAAAAAGCACAACAGCAACAUAGAAGUAUACUCAAGGUCAAAUACUGUGAGUGGUAUGGAACCUUUCACUGCCUACACCUGCACCGUGACCCCACAGUUUAAGUUCAAUGACACAGCAGAAGUGCAAACUCUUCAGAAAUCUGUGGACAUAGAUUUCACAACUAAAACUGACAAGCCCAUGUUUCCAAAACAUAGUGAUCAUACUGUCUAUUCAGUGGAUGCACCCCAAAACAAUGAUCUGCACUUUAAAUGUGUUACACCGAAAUGGAAUGGUCCAAGUGGACAUUUUGAAGCAACAUUAAAUCCUGGGAAGAAAGAGGCCAAGAAGUCAAAAGGCCAACCAUGUGAUUUUUUAUUUGAUGGCCUUAGCUAUUCAACUGUGUACGAAAUAUCGAUUGUAGCUGUAAACGGCCAGGGAGAUAAAUCGAUGCCACAGACCCAUAAAGCGUCUACAAGCUAUAAUGAUAAGGCUCUGAUUGGCGUGCUAGCCUUUCUCAUCAUCCUCACCUCCAUUGCUCUACUCUUCGUCCUCUACAAGAUCUACGUCCUCCAGAAGCAGAGGAAUAAGACGUACUGUGUGAACGCUCAGCCCCUGCUGACCAUCCCAUCCCCCGCAGAUCCCCUCAUGACCGUCGAGCCCAUCGCCGCGGAAACCCUGCUGGACGUCUACAAAAAGAAGAUCGCCGACGAGGGACGUCUGUUCCUGGCUGAGUUUCAGAGUGUUCCAAGGAUCUUCAGUAACUUCACGGUGAAGGUGGCCAAAAAUCCGGAAAACCAGGCCAAGAACCGCUAUGUUGACAUCCUACCUUACGACUACAACCGAGUCCAGUUGACUAGCAAUGGGGGAGAGCCGGGCGCAGACUACAUCAACGCCAGCUUCAUCGAGGGCUUCAAAGAGCAGAAGAAGUACAUUGCAGCCCAAGGCCCCAAGGAGGAGACGAUGGCCGACUUCUGGAGAAUGGUCUGGGAGCAGAAGUCCUCCAUCAUCGUCAUGGUUACCCGCUGUGAGGAGGGGAACAGGAGCAAGUGUGCGCAGUAUUGGCCGAGCAUGGACCGCGAGACGGAGAUCUACGGAGACUUCGUGUUGAAGAUCAAGAAGGAGGACACCUGCCCUGACUACAUCAUCCGCCACCUCACCAUCAUCAACCGUAAGGACAAGGCUGAGCGUGAGGUGACCCAUAUCCAGUUCACCAGUUGGCCGGAUCACGGCGUCCCAAGCGAGCCUCACCUGCUCCUGAAGCUGAGACGACGCGUCAACUCAUUCAGCAACCUCUUCAGCGGACCCAUAGUGGUGCACUGCAGUGCGGGUGUGGGGCGUACGGGCACCUACAUUGGCAUCGAUGCCAUGCUGGAGAGUCUGGACUCGGAGGGGGUGAUGGACAUCUAUGGAUACGUGGUGAAGAUGAGACGACAGAGAUGCCUCAUGGUGCAGGUGGAGGCCCAGUACAUCCUGAUCCACCAGGCCCUGAUAGAGUUUAACCAGUUUGGGGAUACGGAGAUCUCCCUUGCAGAGCUGCACUCCUGCCUCUCCGGCCUGCAGCACAGAGACUCCACAUCAGAGCCCACAAUGAUGGAAGUGGAGUUCCAGAGACUUCCGAAGUACAGGAACUGGAGAACCUUCAACACUGCAGUGAGUGAGGAGAACAAGAAGAAGAACCGAUACUCCACUGCCAUCCCCUAUGACUUUAACAGAGUGCUAGUGAAGCUUGAGGAAGAGAAGAGCAAUGAUGAUGAAGAUGAUGACGACGACGAUGACGAUGAUUACUCUUCAGACGACGAUGAUGAGGAAGACUCCACCCAGUACAUCAACGCAACCUACAUCGAUGGUUACUGGAGUCCCAGGAGCCUGAUAGCCGCCCAGGGGCCUCUGGAGGACACGGUGCCCGAGUUUUGGCAGAUGGUCUACCAGAAGAGGGUCAAGAACAUUGUUAUGCUCUCACAGUGCACGGAGGGCAACGAGGAACUGUGCGCUGAGUACUGGAGCAAGGAGAAGAAGAGCUACAAGGACAUCAGUGUAGAGGAGACGGCUUGCAUCAGCUCUGCAGCCUACACCAAGAGGACCCUACAACUGCAACACGCCAAGAGGAAAGACAGUCGGCAGGUGCAGCAGUACCACUUCCAGGGCUGGCCAGAGAAGAGUGUAAAGAAGACUGAGGAGACAGACGACAAGAAAGAGGAGGAGAAGAGAGAUGGCCUUCCAGAUCAUCCUCAGGAGCUGGUGGAGCUCGUUCGCUCCAUCAAGAAGACCAUCGGCAACACCCGGGCCGAGAGAAGCACCCCUGUCCUCGUACACUGCCAUGAUGGCACCAGUCGCACUGGCGUCUUCUGUGCCCUGUGGAACAUCGUAGACAGCGCCACCACGGAGAACUUGGUGGACAUCUUCCAGGUCUGCAAGAGCCUACGCAAGGAGCGCCAGGGCAUGAUCGCAGAUUACGAGCAGUACCAGUUCCUGUAUAAGGCGGUGGAGGGAGCGUUCCCGGCCCAGAACGGGGAGGUGAAGCAGACCCCUGCUCCUGCCCCAGCAGCUGACUCCCUGCAGAUCAUCAGUGAGGUGCCAGCCAGCGCUACCACCGACAACCACCAGGUGGAGCCAAAGGAUGCAGCAACAGCAGCAGAGCCCAAGGAGGACACGCAGAAGGAGAAGAAGGAAGAGAAAGAGGCAGAUGGCGCCAUAGAGACCAUCAGCCUCUUGCCAGAGGGGGGAGCCAGUGAGGCAAGUGAGCAGAGCGGUAGCACAGAUUUUCUAGACAGUGGCAGUAGCGCCAAUGGGCCCACCAUUACAGUGGAGGUGUAGCACCAAUGGGCCCACUGCUAACAGUGGAGGCGUGAGAGUGGAGGGAACUGGGGGACUAUAAGGCAGGGAUUCUUAACCUUUUGACGUCGAGGCCCAUUUUUUCCAGUGCACAGAGUCCUGGGGCCCAUAUUACUCAUGUAUAUAUUAUUAUAUUACAUUAUAUUGGGCUAUAUUAGAUUACAUUACAUUACAUGAUAUGAUAUAUGAUAUGAUAUGAUAUUAUGAUAAUAUAAUAUAGGGUUAUAAUAUUGAUAUAAAUUAUAAAUAAAUAGGUUAUUACUGAAGUAUUUUUUCCACGAGGAAUAGCCCUAUAUAUAUUAAUGCUAAUGCUAAUCUCAUUUAAUCUCACUCAUCAAAUCCACUCACAGUUUAGCAAGUCAGAGUCAUUCACACAUUUGAAUGCGUCUCUGACAGCUCGAAGUUUGCGUGCCAGCUCUUGACUUGCGCUUCGUAAUGAAUCUGCUGUUCGUAAAUUCAAGACGGUUUUCUGGAAACGCAGCGAGGAAACAACAAAAAAUCCUGGUCGGAAAACCUUCCAGGAUCACGCAAAAUUUGUGAAAGGACUCUCAUGUUGGGGACACUUCGGCAAGUAUAAGGGAUAAAGAUUCAGUAACUAUCAUUAUUUUGAGUAGCCUAACCGUUGAACACCUACUUCUAACCACUAAAACGUUAGGAUAUUAGGACACAGAAGACGUCACCAAAUCAGCUGGGAAGCGUAACCGGUUGGUACCCUGUAAAGGGUCUUACCAUCACAGGCUGUGUUACUGUCUUGUUCUUAAUGAAUCCCCCACCCAACAACAAAAACGUGGGGUGUGGCCAUUGCGUUAUGACAGAGUUGCGUUUAAGGGAAAAACGCACACUAGUAGUCUAUUUGAUAAGCGGUCCCACGGCCCAAGCGGCCCAAUGAUGCGAAACUGAGAGUUGACUGCGGCCCUGGAGGUUGUGUGCCCAACUUUGGGCCGCGUCCCUAUGGUUAAGAAUCCCUGCAUAAGGGAUAAGACAAACACGGUCAGGGAAUUUACAGAUGCUUAUGUUACUCAGGGAAUGAUUAAGGAAGAGAAUUUGUGCCUCCGAAUGAAAUGUGUCGCUCCCUGACACCUCUGCCUCUUGUGACCCAUGGUACUCAUUACAGCUCCACCCAUCGGCCUGUUCCAUAUUCCAACCCUGUGCUUACUGUUACUGUUUGUAUAAAUGAGUGAAUGAAUAAAUAAGUACAAUGUUAUUUUAAUAGCUCUACGUAUGACGCCUUUCAGUUAGCAUGUUGGCCAGGUUUUGCAUUGUUUUAGGAUUUCUGUGUUUGAGUGUUUGAGUAUAUGAAUGUUCUGUAAAGACAAAUCAUGUUGUUGAAGACUAAAUUUGCUGUUAAAAAAAUAAAUUAUGAGAGUUUUUAUUCAUUUUUUGUAUUACCAUGAUGUAUUACCAUUAUACACAAAUCAUCGAAGUUGUGAAAUGUAUGUUUAGUUUAGCGCACUACGAUGCUACUUUCAAACUAAAACAUUGCUGAUAUGAAUUGAUAUAUAGGACUUAUUUCAAGCUUGUACGAAUUUCAAAAAUAAAGAACAGCUCUGAACGUU